AUGGCAUCGUCAUCAGCAAUACAAACAAUACUGACUAUUUCUCAAGAUUAUUCAAUUGUUACAACUUCUAUUAUUUUUAUUUUUGGAUUUAUUGGUAAUUUAAUAAAUAUUAUUAUGUUUACUAAAUAUAAAGCUUUUCGAAAUAAUCAAUGUAUAUUCUAUUUAACCGUUGAAUCCAUUGCUAAUAUUGGUUCAUUGAUAUUGUAUUUUGUUCUUGGUAUUUCAGCUUUUCUAUAUGGAUUUGAUUUAUCACAAUAUUCCUCAAUAUGGUGUAAAUUACGAACAAUAAUAGGACAAACACUUUUAUUAAUUGUACUUUCUUCAGUAUGUUUUGCUGCAUUCGAUCAAUAUCUUUCAACAAAUUAUUCAUUAUAUCUAAGACAACAAAGUACAAUGAGUUUAGCUCGACGUUUAGUAAUUACAGCAAUAAGCUUUUCACUUUUCCAUUCAAUUCUAUUUGGCGUUUUUUUCUAUGCAAAACCAAGAGGUGGCUGUAUAGCAUAUUAUACUGUAUUUAUUCAAUAUUAUUCGUAUUUUUUCUAUCCAUUUUUAUGUGGUUUUAUUCCAAUUUUGAUUUCUGGUUCAAUUGGUCUUUUAGCAUAUCGUAAUGUUCGUCGUAUUGUUCGUCGACACCUACCAAUCGUUCAAAGACGUCUUGAUCAACAAUUAACAAAAUUUGUUCUUAUACGUGUUAGUUUCUUAAUCAUUUUACUUAUACCUGUUGUUACAUAUCGUAUUUAUGCAAUGAAUAUUAAUAUUGAUCCAAAUAAUUCUAUGCGAUUAGCAAUUGAAAAGUUAAUUUUUACAAUUAUAAAUUCAAUUUUUGAUCUUAAUUAUGCGGUAAAUUUCUAUAUAUUUUCAGUUUCAUCAUCAAGAUAUCGCAGACAAGUGAAAUAUAUUUUAAUAAAAAAAUGUUGGUAUCAAUUGAAACGACGAUUUUAUUUUAAUCGAAAUCAAAUCGAACCUUCCAUGGCACUACCAAUACCUAGUAUCGAACUAUUGAAUGAAUAA